ACAGACGCUGAACUAUUUAAGUUUUGGGAUUAAUUGAUUUGGGCAAGACAAUGAAGGAAUUCGACGACUUCAAUUUUAGUGUGGAUAAAUAUACCAAGGAGCUGACACGAGAAUGUGUUGGCGGCAGCGAUUUGCAGCAGCGCAAGAAGGAAAUCGAGGCGUAUUCGGAGCAAACUUCGGCCACGCUCAAGCAGACCUGCAAGAAGAACUACAUGCAGUUCAUACAGACGGCCAAGGAGAUAUCACAUCUGGAGUCGGAAAUGUACCAGUUGUCGCACAUACUCAUCGAGCAGCGAAACAUUCUCGCUACGAUGACCGAUGGCAAGACGAGCAGCCAUUUGAAGGCGGACAGCAUCGAGACGGAGUCGAACACCAGUGCAGCCCCCGAGGAUGUGGAGAACAGCCAGACGACGCGUGCCGUGAAGGAAAUGGUUCAGGGAUUUAAUGGCAAUCUUGAGGGCAAAACAUUCCUGAACGAGGGCGCUCUCAUUGAACUGGACAGCAAUGACUAUCGGCCCAUUCAGCGUGUCUUCUUCUUCCUCUUCAAUGAUGUGCUUAUUGUGUGCAAAGUGAAGCAUGACAAACGCCUGGAGUUUCUCACGGAAUACGAUCCGAAAAAAAUAGCCGUCAUCAACAUCAAGGAUCUGGAUGGUGUCAAAAACGCGAUUAACAUUAUAACGCCCGAUGGCUCCAAGAUAUAUCAGAGCAUAACAGCGGCCGGCAAGAGUGAAUGGAUCGAGAAGUUGGAGGAGGCUUUUCGCUUUGAUCAGCAGAAGAAGUCGAAGAAGGGACAGGCACCGCAGCCACCGAAUCGCGCCAAACAACAGCAACAGCAAUCCCAAGUCGCGAAAAGCGCCACGCCCGAAAAGUUGCCCGAGCAAAGUCCCACGGAUGUGCAGCCAAAAUCUCUGGAGGAUGAGACGCCCGAAUGGCUAUGCACGGCCAGCGAGGAGAUUCAAACACUGAUCGCGCAACGUCACUUCGAGGACGCCCAGACGUUGAUCAAGCGCGCCCACGAGUUCCUCCGCCUUGCCGAAAACAAGAAGAAGCUGCUGCAUGCGGACAGCAUUGAGGACAAGGUGAAGCAGCAGGAGCUCAAGCUCACAAGUGUGCUGCUCCAAGAGCUCUCCAACUGUCACAAUCGCAACUUGCAAAUUGCCCUGCGCGCUGUACGACGACCUCUCAAGAUUCUCGUCGAAAUGGGUCGCUCCCGAGAGGCCAGUGCCACAUUGCUGAAGGUCUGCACGGUUAGUUUGCGUGUGGCACAGCGCGAGGCACGUCGCAACAAUGCCGAAAUCUCGGAGCUCUUCUUCUGCGACCUGGCGCAGGUGGCUUGCGAUUUUCUGAGUGCCUUUGAGCAACAGCCGGCGUGCGUCAGCGCGCUUGUCGUGUGGUGCAAUGCCGAGCUGCAAUACUUUGCCAGUCAGCUGAUCAAACACUAUCUGACCAAGGGCACCUCACUGGAGGCAGUCGCAAAAUGUGUGGAGCGUGUCCGUAAGCCGGCCACGAAGCUAACCGAGAUUGGUCUGGACAUUAGCUACCAUUUGGAGGGUUUGUUGCGCACAACGCUGGAAUCGCUUAUUGAGGAGUCGAAGCAACGUUUGCUGGACGCAGUGGGACGCACCGAGGAGUGCUGGCAGCCAUACAAUUUGCAAACCAAAUCGAACUUAAAGCGACUGCUGCUCGAGCUGGAUGCAAUGGGCAUUGAUGUGCGUGCCCAGACCACGGGCGAUACGUGGCUGAAUCUAACGCAAUCCACACUCGUCUUUGUACGCCAGUUCCUGCAGUUGACGGAGCACUGCGCCUGCCUGGCCAAAGGUGAGGCUCUGCUGCAGAGUCUGGAGCAGCUGCUGCGGGAUCUGUUUGUGGCACAACAUUCGCUGAAGCCGCCUAGCGAUAUGGCCGUGGAUCCCAACUUUGUAACUAAGAAUAAAAUCUUUCUGGUGGACAAUUUGCUGCCCAUUGCCAUUGAGAGGUUCCGCAAGACGUCGGGCCGCCAAUGCGAGAGACUGCGAGAGUUGCACACGAAGCUAUCACGGCAGCAAGGUGCACCCGUGCCGCGACAGCGAAGCGUCUAUACGACAGAUGUGUUUUAAGAGUAGAAGUUUACUUUCGAUUACAUAUAUAAUUUUUUAUUUUUCUUUUUCGUUUUGCUUCAAUUAUUUAUAAUAUAAUUAUAUACAUAUAUAACCACAAU